UGUCAACAUACACACACACUCUCUCUCUCGCAGUGGAACUAAAUUCCACUUCUUAUGGCUAAAUCUGCUGCGCGUUACUUUUGUUCAACACUUGUGCAUGACGCGAACUUCGACCCACCCAGUUCACCUUUCAUGGUUGGAAAGCUCGGUGAGUUGGGUAGUGAAGCCCAGCCGUCCGCAGCAGCAUGUCAUUCAGCAGCGGGUCCUCCCCGAAUUCCCCAUCUGUCUGAAUAUGCCUUGCUCACCCUGCCCGUGGAGUGUACUUCUUGAGCGGAACCACAACUCCCUGAGAGCCAUGGCUCGCGCACCACUCACCACUGAGAUCUCGACGAUUGACUGGUAUUUGGUGUUGCCCUCUCACUGAGCCGUUUUGAACCCUGGAUCUUGUCCUUUUGCUGGGUGACCCCAUCAAACUCGCUCGGACAUUCUUCUCGUGUUUUUGCCGAUGGCAUUUCCAUCAUUGUGGAAAAGCGACUGACUGGAAAUUCACAGCCACUGGACGGUCCACUUGCUUUACUUUACCAUUCGUUCUACGUUAUCUACCACCCACCUCCACAUUCUUUCGUUGUCGGCCUACUCAAGUACGAAGCCUCUUUCUUUCCAACACAAAUAAGAGGCUGCUCAUCGUCAAGAAAUUCAUUUGUUGGUUUGAACAGGCCCCAGCAAUUCAAGCAGAUUUGUUUGAUUAGCUGAGCGGGAAACGGACGGCCAAGCAGGCCACGGUACGGUGUGAGCCGGGUUUCCAGCCUCAUCGGUGUCGUCCUCGGCCAUCAGGUGUAAACAACCUCAUCGUCGAGGGACUUCAUGGCUUCAAGUUAUCACCAACUAUACAAAAUCAUCUUGCCAAUCUCGCCGCCAACUCGAACCGCAGGUCAAAGGGAUCCUUCAGUGUUUCGUCCUCCCUCUAUACAACUCCAUCGCACCUCGGCAACUUGGACAGCCGAGCAUCAUCAAGAAACCUGUACGACAAUAUAUCUCAAGUUUACGACAUAACACGUCUAUAUUGGAGUUGGAGUCUCCUGAAGGGCUUCUUCUGCACGAAAUACACCACAACAGGCCUCCUUAAGCAGGCACCCUACGUUGGGUAGUCCCCCCUCCACUCAGCUUUCGCCCACGUUCCAUCUAUAUAGACAGACUCAACGAUGUCUACCCAGCAGUCAAGAGAAGAGCAGAUUACGGAUCACGGAAACCUGGACGGCACCCUUUACCCCUCUCUGACAAAACCGCCGAGGUGGAAAAGUCGGAUCCUAGUUGAGCAAUUGUUGAGGAAGGGUGAAGAUGCAUUGAUCGGUGUGAAUAUAUCUGCGAGAACAAGCCUGGAUGAUCUCUUAUGCUUCCAGCCCUGCGUAGCCGUCUUCACUCGAAGGCUUCCGGUGCUAGGACUUAUAAAAACAUCUGCCGUCAAAGAUCUAUGCUUGACGCCUCUCAAGUUCAAAUCUCUCAACCCGGUCGUGGAGACAAUCUGGGGAGAGUUGACGGCGACACAUUAUGUGGAAGUUGCGCUGAAGCAGGAGCUGUAUGGGAUCAAGGGCACCAGCUGGGAGAACCUUCUUGUCGUGGCUGACGACUUCCCUCGCCUUCCGGGAGACGUCUUCCUAGGUCAACCUUUCCUGCGGAAGCAUUGCUGUAACGCGCUCCCGGCAAAGGUUCCUCGGCAUGCUGAACCGCAGGCCUCUUCUCGACACGUCACUCAAGACAACUCUGGUGGUUCCGGGCGUAAGGGCACAGCUAAGAAGCCAAGGCAGCCAAAAAAGAGGGAAAGAAGCCCGCAGCAAGCCAUCCCAGGGGGUCAAAAACAUGUCGAGGAUGGCCAAUCUUCCAAAAAGAGAUCGAGAACUACAAAUGCAGCAGCUUUUCAACAGCCAGCUCAGAUGCCCAACACUGAUUGGGUCAAUCAGAACCAACGCAUCAUCGGCCUGCCCCCCCAAUCUCCUUACGGCAACCGCACGCGCAUGCCAGCAGCACCAACAGGUCCAGCUGUUCCCUGGAGAAAUGAAAAUCAUCAUCCCUUGGUGGCAGCACAGUAUGCACGGAAUACGCCCUUCCCCACCGUUCACGGCGACGGCUCGUUCACCAUGCCCACGCCAGCUCCUCCAAUGCCACCUGCAGCUCCGUAUUAUUAUCCCCCACAACAAGCCCCGGGGCGUCCAGAACCCACCUACACACCGCCUCAGCCCCAGUCAGCCCAUCGGGGAACGUACAUCCCCCACACUGGCGACGACGGCUACCUUCAGGCCAACGACCCAGGCCAUUUUAGGGAUCAAUACGUUCAACAGGUGAACCCGCAGGAGGGGUUUCCUGACGCUGUUCCGCAGUUUGGAACUUCAGAGGAGCCGGCUGUUCCAGCACUCGAAGGCACCCUCGAAGAGUACGAAAUCAACAGCAAUUUGGGCUACUUCUUCAACGACUGGAACUCGUCAGGAUUCGACCCAACCGGCGGCAGUCAGGCUUAGUUUUAGCUUGACUGAAUCCCAGCACCUAUUGGCAGCUACCCAUCUUGGCAGCUCGUUAUUGGUCACUCAUCGCUAGAGGAACCAACUCACUGCCUACGGUGGUGCCUACUUGCGCAUAUGGUUUGGGCAGAAAUUCACUUUCCGGAGGCAUCCAUGAGACACUUUUCCCGCUGACAUAUGCCAUUUGCGCUGCCAGAGAAAAGGAAACCGGAUAUUGGGGAUAAACAAACAAUAACCAGAAGAAACUUACCCUCCACGGUGCUUGUUUCUUUUGCUCAAAACAGAAUGUGACAGAUCGCACCGAGCAAAAGAAACACUCACAAACACCACAAACCCUUCUUUUCUUUUGCUUCCUUUUUUUGCUUUUUUUUUUGGGGAUCUGCCACCGCUUUCGGACCGGAACCUCCCUCACAUCAGCUUGAAAGACAGAAAGGUGGAAAAGGCUAGUUUCAAUGCCAAAACGGUGGGUGCUUGGUCUUUGUGUUGUUCUUCAGGCCUAGAAAGGGCGGUUCUGUUCUGGGAGUGAGGAUAGGUCACAGGGUUUUCUGUUCUGCUUCUUCGAAUGUCGGUGCGGGAUUGGCGGUGUGGAAUUGAGCUCUAAGGGAGACCAAGGGUACCAGAGCCAACACAUCUUUGGUCCCCCGCCAGAUGGUUUUUCCUGUGUUGAAUGGGCUGGUUGAGGUUGCUGUUUUUUGCAUUUGGUGACUUUGUGCAGCGGGUACACACAGCUUUUGGUGGCCGUCAGGAGGAUUGGUGUUCGACUUUGGUGGGAGUACUUGAGAUGCCAACCGCAAUUACUGCGGGAGUAGGAACUCCUUCCAUCAAAGAAUCCUUUGGAUGUUGCUGGGAUGUGUGUGGACUGGUUGUUGUUCGAUGUUGGAUAUUUGCUAUGUUAGAUAGAGUCGGCUUCAGUAAGACAAAAUUGAUUGGGCUUUGCUCUUUGCUGUCCAGUGCUGUAGGUGGAGGAGAGAGUGAACCAAAGAAAGAGUAAAUGGAAAUGAG